CGGGCGCCCGACGAUGGCGGAGUUGAUCUCUUUUACGGUCCCCACGGAGAGUGACAAGACCGUGUUGGUGUGGGAGCUCAGCGCCGGACCCACGGCCGAGGCCUUGCGGCAUUCUGUGUCCGCGGUGUUCUCGCGGUUCGGCCUUCUGCACUCCGUCCGGGUCUUCCCUAACGCGGCCGUAGCGCGCCCCGGCUUCUACGCCGUCGUCAAGUUUUACUGCGCCACGGAUGCCCGCAGAGCCCAAAAGGCCUGCGACCGGAAGCCGCUUUUUCAGACGUCUCCAGUGAAGGUUUGUCUCAGCACUAGACAUAAGGCAGUUCACCAUCAGGCCCUUGCCCUAAACAGCUCACGAUGCCAAGAACUAGCAAAUUACUACUUUGGAUUCAAUGGAUGGUCCAAAAGGAUCAUCAAGCUUCAGGAGCUGCCUGACCUUGGAAAUGAAGAGCUGGUGGUACCAGCACUGCGGAAGCCGAGCACGAAGUUCUUCUGCGCUGUGGAGGUGGUGCUGCCGCGCUACGGGUGCAGGAGUCCCGGCGUCGGCCUCGCAGGGGAGCCUGUGGAUGGGCUGGAGGACGGACAGUUGUCAUUCGUUAUGAAAAGGAAGACAGCACAGAAGCUUGCUAUUCAGAGGGCUCUGUCAGAUGCCUUCCAGAAACUGUCCAUUGUGGUGUUAGAAAGCGGUAAGACAGCUGUGGAGUACAGACCCAGCGAGGAGACCAUAGAUGCCAGAAGCGAGGAAGAACUACAGGACUUAAUCCAGGUCAGUUGCAUUUCCAGGAAUCAGCCCAGCCAGGUGGAGGAAGAAUAUCUCUCAGAUUUCAGCUUGGAAGAGGAAGAAUUCAAGAUGUAGGAACAGGAUGAGCAGUCCUGACUGCCCAGAGGCUCUGCUCUCUGACAUUCUUGGCAAGUUCUACCACAUCCAGUCAGUGGGCUGCUAGUGUCUGUGGACUACCAGGUCUGGGCCCAGAUCCUGCCUGGAGGUGGAGGGCAUCCUGGAGGACAUGGGUGUCCUCCCUGUGGGAGUAAAGGAGACUUGGUCCCUGUCAUUGUGGGAAAAGGCUCCCUGAACAGAGCCCAACUGAACCAAAGCAAAAAGGAUUUGUAACAGAGAUACCCUGUAGAAGCUGGCUGUGGUGGUGUGUGCUUUAACUCCCAGCACUCAGGCGGCUGAGGUAAGAGCAGGUCAGGACAAGUUUAGUUGCUCCUUUCAACUGUAAAAGCCUCACACUCCUCUUCUUCAUAGAGCUCAGUGAAGUCCUGACAGAAACCCAGUCAGAAGGCCGGGCAUGGUGACCCACGCCUUUGAUCCAGCACUUGGGACUUAGAGGUAGGAGUAUUGUUGUGAGUUCAAGGUCACCCUGAAACUACAUAGUGAAUUUCAGGUCAGCUGAGCUAGAGUAAAACCCUAACCAAAGAAAAAAAACAAAGAAACCCAGUCAGAGUUGGUCCCUGAAGAACAGUCAAGGUGACAGAGCGACCCAGCCCUGCUUUGACACUGGGCAGAUUUUAUAAUUCCUCUACCCCACAUUCAAAGAUAAAGUCACGAUGAGUGAGAGUUAAAUACCUCCGUGAGUAAAUGAAGACUAAUGAACAGAAAAUGAGAAUAUCCUACUGAUCACAGAAAAAUGCUGUCAGUGCAGUAAUGAAUGCAAGAUGAAGAGGUGCUGACCAUUUGGUAAUAGUGCAGGUCACAUUCCGCACCUGGUAGGGUGAUUUGGCCCUGCAAACGACGACUCACUCCCGGGGCAUCUGCACAGAGUGCUUUGUGGGAGGGUACCUAAUGAAACAUACUUGAGCACCGUGAGGCCCGUCAUCAUAAAACUUGAACUUUGGUAGCUCCUGAAAAGUUCCAUGAUAUGCUUAUACCCCAAUUCACAUCACUUUUAUGUAGACUGAUAUUUAAGAACUUUUCUGGGCUGGAGAGAUGGCUUAGCGGUUAAGCGCUUGCCUGUGAAGCCUAAAGGACCCCGGUUCAAGGCUCAAUUCCCCAGGACCCACGUUAGCCAGAUGCAUAAGG